GUCCAGUUCAGUCUCGGCGCGAGCGUCGAGUGGAGAGGUCGAAGCCUGGUGCGCGCGCCGCACCACCCCCUUUGUGCCGGCGGCCCGCGUCCUCUCGCACGCUGCGCGGGACCGCCCCGCCUCGCGCGCCCCGCCGCCCCGUCUCGCGAUUAACCGCGCUGCAGGAGAGUCCGAAAGAGUUCGCGUCCGUGUUUCGGUGAUUGAAAAUUUCGGAUAACGACAUCAUUAGCAACCAUCUCGACGCGCGCCGGCGAGCAGCUUUGUCGUCGUGGACUGCGACUCCAUCGCGUCUGUCUCCGGGGAAGAGGAUGAGAGCUCCGGGGCCGCGGCCUGUCCCGGGGCACUCAGAGCAGCGACACCCUCGGCUCUGUGUCUGCCGAUGCGAGUGACGUUCCGUGUGACACCACCGUGCGACGCUACCGAUGCUACCGUGUGACGCUGCCGUGUGACGUCCCGUGCGACUUUCCGUGUGACGACCGCGUGUGACGUUCCGCCGUGUGACAAUCCGCUAGUGCGACGAGGUUCCGGAUGACGCCUCGAGUGACGAACCGUGACAUCGUGAUCGCCUCGUAACUCCGGUCGCGACCCGCGCGCUCGACGACUGCGUGACGAUGGAGGCGCCGUGGAACGCCAGCAGCGAGGCGCCGUGGGGCGGUAACGCGAGCGUGUGGCUGGAGGGCGCGCUGCUGGGCCGCGGCUCGUCGGGCCGCCCCGACCUCGGCACCACGCCGUGGACGCCGCUCCUGGAGCCCGGCCGGGCGCCGUCCGUCGCCGUGGGCCCCGUGCUGGGGCCCGCCGCCGCCAGCCCGGGCGCCACCAACGUCCUGGAGACGGGCCUCAUCGUGCCCCUCUACGUCGUCAUCUUCAUCCUGUCCGUGGUGGGCAACUCGCUGGUGCUCGUCACCCUGGCUCAGCGCAAACGCAUGCGCACCGUCACCAACGUGUACCUCCUUAACCUGGCCGUGUCGGAUCUGCUGCUCGGCGUAUUCUGCAUGCCGUUCACCCUGCUGGGCCAACUGCUCAAGAACUUCGUCUUCGGCGCCGCCAUGUGCAAGCUCAUCCCUUACUUCCAAGCCGUGUCUGUGUCCGUGGGCGUGUGGACGCUGGUGGCCAUCUCCCUGGAGCGCUACUUCGCCAUCUGCCGGCCGCUCAAGUCUCGCCGCUGGCAGACUCAGUUCCACGCCUACAAGAUGAUCGCCGUAGUCUGGCUCGCCUCCUGCCUGUGGAACGCCCCCAUCCUGGUCGUGUCCAGACUCAUGGCCAUGCAGAACACGGGUCGCCACAAGUGUCGCGAGGUGUGGAGUUCGCACAGCUCGGAGCGCAUCUACAACCUGUUUCUGGACGCGAUGCUGCUGCUGGUGCCGCUGCUCAUCAUGAGCCUCGCCUACCUGCUCAUCGUGUCCAAGCUGUGGCGCGGCCUGCGACGCGAGAUCCGCCACUCGUCGUCCUGCAAGCAGUCGGUGCUGACCGUGCCCGGGGGACCAUCGCCUGUGGCCUCCGAGGUCAUGGAACACAUGCUGCCCGUGCACGCCAACGGGAACCAGCGUGUCUGGAACACGACGAGGACGGGGCGCCUAUCGCAGCCCAAGAAGAAGACGAGCACGGUCAAGAUGUGGCUUAGAAAGGCGCGGCGGUCGGGCGGCUCGGGGGGCCCGUCCGCCACCUUCGACACGUGGCGCCGGGGCCCCGCCGCCAACGGUCAGGCCAUGGCCGACCCCCUGCAGCUGCAGCACCAGCUGCACCAGCUGCACCAGCAGCACCAGCUGCACCAGCACGGCCUCGAGCCCGAGCUGCCGCUGCUUACGGCUGGCCAGACGUCGGACGUGGACGCCGUCGGCACGCCCGUCGGCACGCCCGUCUGCCCGCUCGCCCGGCACGCCAUCCGCUCCAACUACAUGGACAAGAGCAUCGAGGCCAAGAAAAAGGUCAUCCGCAUGCUGUUCGUGGUGGUGGCCGAGUUCUUCGUGUGCUGGGCGCCUCUGCACGUGCUCAACACGUGGUACCUGUUCAACCCGGAGGAGGUGUACGCGUGGGUGGGCUCGACUGGCGUGUCCCUCGUGCAGCUCAUGGCCUACGUAUCGUCGUGCUGCAACCCCAUCACGUACUGCUUCAUGAACCGCAAGUUCCGGCAGGCCUUCCUCGGCGUCUUCAACUGCCGCGGGGGAUAUUAG